AUCUUUGAAUGGUCGCUCUCCGUUUGGAAUACUCAAGAGUCAUGAGAAUAAAGAGUAAUGAGAAGAAGCUCAGGUAUGAAGGCGAAACUUGAUUGAUUUGUACAAGUUCAGAUAUCUCCCUUUACUGCUUUUCAAGCACAUUUUGACAUGAAAAUCAACGAGACGUGAAGAUCAACGUGUGCCAAUGCGCAAUCGCUGCGCAAGGUUUACGCCCAUGAAUGCAUCAAAGUUGUCCACAGAGUUCCAUCAAAGAUGGCGUCUCAGCGUCGGCAAAUGAUGCAAAGCCAUCAGAGCUGGACAGAUGACCUGCCCCUGUGUCAGAUGUGCGGGGUGGGAACAGCCCCCAACUGUACCUACGGACCCGAUGGAAAGGACACCCAGAGCCACCCCAACGAGGACGGACACUUCAGGUUCAGAGGUGAGGAAGGCUGUUUCCUGUAUGGAGUGUUUAAUGGGUUUGAUGGGAGCAGAGUGUCCAGCUUCGUCUCUCAGUGUCUGACAGCAGAACUGCUUCUGGGACAGCUCAAGUCUACACACACUGACUCUGAUGUCCGCAGAAUUCUCACACAGGCCUUCGACGUUGUAGAGAAGAGUUACUUUGAGACAAUCGGUGACGCUCUUGCAGAGAAGGCUACUAUUAUAUCCCAACUACCUGAGGGAGUAUCGUUCCACCAGCUCUCCCCCCAGAGUCAGAAGCUUUCUGAGAGGCUGAAGGACCUGGAGCAGGAAGUGUCUGGUGGAGCUACCGCUGUUGUGGCUCUGAUACACAACAACAAGCUCUACAUCGCCAACGUGGGUACCAACCGGGCCCUGCUGUGUAAGUCAACCAGCGACGGUCAGAACCAGGUGAUCCAGAUUGGACGACCUCACACCACAGAGAAUGAGGACGAGCUCCAGAGACUGGCUGGGCUGGGUCUUGAUGUGUCUGGUCUUCGUCAGGCGUCUCUGAUAGCUGGUCAGUGCAGCACCAGGAGGAUUGGAGACUACAGGGUUAAAUAUAACUACACAGAUAUAGAUCUGUUGAGCGCCGCCAAGAACAAGCCGAUCAUAGCAGAGCCGGAGAUCCAGGCCAGCCAAUCGUUAGAGGGUGUGACAGGCUUCCUGUUGCUGAUGUCAGAGGGGCUCAUCAAAGCCCUGGAGUCCGCCCACGGACCUGAACAGGCCAAUCAGGAGAUGGUAGCGAUGGUAGCAGCAGAACUAGCCCAACAGGGAAGCCUAGAGGCCGUGGCCCACCCACACAGGAUGAACUCUGUCUCUCCUCUAGGUGGUCGUAUCUACCCAGUGUCGGUGCCCUACUCCAACUGCCCCAGCAGCACCAGUAAGACCAGCGUCACCCUCUCCCUGGUCAUGCCCUCUCAGGGGGGUACCCUCACCAAUGGGACCAACACAGCCUCCACUCUGGAGGAGGGCACACCCACACACACACCUGGCCAGAGUCCCACCACCACGCUCCAUUCCUCCAAUAACCAGACCACCCAGAGCUCCAGCUCUUCUUCAGGAGAUGGAGGCAGCCUCUUCAGACAGCGUGGCAGCCAGGCGGUGCAGCCAGACGAGACCGGGCGGGUCCCUCCCUAUGUUGACUUCACCCAGUUCUACCGGCUGUGGGGGUCGGACCACGGAGACUUCCUGGGGACACAGGGGGCCUCAGCUGGGCUGGGGCCUCAGUGAUGGAGGGGGACAAGAUUUGGGCUGAAGAGAGUGAUAACUGCUCUUGAAGAAAGGAGGUAUAGGAAUCUAUUGGAGGGGUUGUGUGAUGGAUUUUGGUGGUGUUGUGGAGAUUUCGAGCUGAUAAGGCAUCCUUAGGCAGAAACGGAUUUCUGUUUUUUUACUUUAUCACGACUAUUCCUUUUCCUACAGCUGAUAACGUGUUUACUACACGCAUAAAGGUAAUGUUAUUGAUGGGUCGGGUGGACGACAGGUAUGCAGGAAGGAAGGCUGAUCUAGCAUCAGUUUUUGCUUUAGAUAACAAUGAAUAAGAUUAUAUGGACAGGGGUGACCUGAUCCUAGGUCAUUGCUCUUACUCUGAAAUGCUUGAUAUGGCCCCAGAUCUACCUGAAUGGACUGAAUUCACCCCCAACACACAGUCAGUGAGUGUAUGUUGGCUGGCGUUUAACUCCUGUCACCUGCUCUUUGUCUAAACAAGGGAGGGAGGUGGGAAGGGAGAUGAAUGAUGUGGGUUAUCAGUCUGUCUGUGAACAAGGAGAGGGGAUGAAUGAUGUGGGGUUAUCAGUCUGUCUGUGAAGGAGGAGAGGGAGAUGAAUGAUGUGGGGUUAUCAGUCUGUCUGUGAACAAGGAGAGGGAGAUGAAUGAUGUGGGGUUAUCAGUCUGUCUGUGAACAAGGAGAGGGAGAUGAAUGAUGUGGGGUUAUCAGUCUGUCUGUGAACAAGGAGAGGGGGAUGAAUGAUGUGGGGUUAUCAGUCUGUCUGUGAACAAGGAGAGGGAGAUGAAUGAUGUGGGGUUAUCAGUCUGUCUGUGAACAAGGAGAGGGGGAUGAAUGAUGUGGGGUUAUCAGUCUGUCUGUGAAGGAGGAGAGGGAGAUGGAUGAAGUGGGGUUAUCAGUCUGUAUGUGAACAAGGAGAGGGAGAUGAAUGAUGUGGGGUUAUCAGUCUCUGAACAAGGGAAGGAGGAGAGGGGGAUGAAUGAUAUGGGGUUAUCAGUCUCUGUGUACAAGGGAAGGAGGAGAGGGGGAUGAAUGAUAUGGGGUUAUCAGUCUGUGAACAAGGGAAGGAGGAGAGGGGGAUGAAUGAUGUGGGGUUAUCAGUGCAGGUGACACUAUGUAAUGAGCUGACAAGUGAAGGGACUCAUCUCAGCUGUCUCUUGUUACUGUAGCUCUCCGUUGAUCUCUUUCCACCCCACUCCUCCCUACUCUACCUGCCUCUUCACUCUCUUUCCACCCCACCCCCUCCUACUCUACCUGCCUCUUCACUCUCUUUCCACCCCACCCCCUCCUACUCUACCUGUCUCUUCACUCUCUCUUUCCACCCCACUCCCUCCUACUCUACCUGCCUCUUCACUCUCUCUUUCCACCCCACUCCCUCCUACUCUACCUGCCUCUUCACUCUCUCUCUUUCCACCCCACUCCUUCCUACUCUACCUGCCCCUUCACUCUCUCUCUUUCCACCCCACUCGCUCCUACACUACCUGCCUCUUCACUCUCUCUUUCCACCCUAAUCCUUCCUACUCUACCUGCCUCUUCACUCUCUUUCCACCCCACUCUCUCCUACACUACCUGCCUCUUCACUCUCUCUUUCCACCCUAAUCCUUCCUACUCUACCUGCCUCUUCACUCUCUCUUUCCACCGUACUCCCUCCUACUCUACCUGCCUCUUCACUCUCUCUUUCCACCCCACUCCCUCCUACUCUACCUGCCUCUUCACUCUCUCUUUCCACCCCACUCCCUCCUACUCUACCUGCCUCUUCACUCUCUCUUUCCACCGUACUCCCUCCUACUCUACCUGCCUCUUCACUCUCUCUUUCCACCCCACUCCCUCCUACUCUACCUGUCUCUUCACUCUCUCUUUCCACCCCACUCCCUCCUACUCUACCUGCCUCUUCACUCUCUCUUUCCACCCCACUCCCUCCUACUCUACCUGCCUCUUCACUCUCUCUUUCCACCCUACUCCUUCCUACUCUACCUGCCUCUUCACUCUCUCUCUCUCUUUCCACCCCACUCUCUCCUACACUACCUGCCUCUUCACUCUCUCUUUCCACCCUAAUCCUUCCUACUCUACCUGCCUCUUCACUCUCUCCUUCCACUCCACUCCCUCCUACUCUACCUGCCUCUUCACUCUCUUUCCACCCUACUCCUUCCUACUCUACCUGCCUCUUCACUCUCUCUCUUUCCACCCCACUCCUUCCUACUCUACCUGCCUCUUCACUCUCUCUCUUUCCACCCCACUCCCUCCUACUCUACCUGCCUCUUCUCUCUCUCUCUCUCUCUCUCUCUCUCCUCUUUAUUCAUAUUUGGUCUGGUUGGAGGAGAGAUGAGCAGUUGAAGUGAUUACAUUUUUUUGAUAGUUAUCUAAUCAUGUAUAUCUAACGUAUGUUUAUUUUGUGUGAUUAUAUACAUUUUAUGUACAGUUGAAGUCAGAAGGUUACAUACACUUAGGUUGGAGUCAUUAACUUGAUUUUCAACCACUCCACACAUUUCUUGUUAACAAACUAUAGUUUUGGCACGUUGGUUAGGACAUCUACUUUGUACAUGACACAAGUCAUUUUUCCAACAAUUGUUUACAGACAGAUUAUUUCACAUAUAAUUCACUGUAUCACAACUCCAGUGGGUCAGACGUUUACAUACACUAAGUUGACUGUGCCUUUAAACAGCUUGGAAAAUUCCAGAAAAUGAUGUUAUAGCUUUAUAAGCUUCUGAUAGACUAAUUUACAUAAUUUGAGUCAAUUGGAGGUGUACCUGUGGAAGUAUUUCAAGGCCUACCUUCAAACUCAGUGCCUCUUUGCUUGACAUGGGAAAAACUAAAGAAAUCAGCCAAUACCUCAAAAGAAAAUAAUGUAGACCGCCACAAGUCUGGUACAUCCUUGGGAGCAAUUUCCAAAUGCCUGAUGGUACCACGUUCAUCUGUACAAACAAUAGUACGCAAGUAUAAACCCCAUGGGACCACGCAGCCGUCAUACCGCUCAGGAAGGACACGUGUUCUGUCUCCUAGAGAUGAACGUACUUUGUUGCGAAAAGUGCAAAUCAAUCCCAGAACAACAGCAAAGGACCCUGUGAAGAUGCUGGAGGAAACAGGUACAAAAGUAUCUAUAUCCACAGUAAAACGAGUUCUAUAUCGACAUAACCUGAAAGGCUGCUCAGCAAGGAAGAAGCCACUGCUCCAAAAGCGCCAUAAAAAAGCCAGACUACGGUUUGCAACUGCAGGUGGGGACAAAGAUUGUGCUUUUUGGAGAAAUGUUCUCUGGUCUGAUGAAACAAAAAUAGAACUGUUUGGCUAUAAUGACCAUCGUUAUGUUUGGAGGAGAAAAUGGGAUGCAUGUGGAACACCAUCACAAACUGUGAAGCACUGGUUUGGCAGCAUCAUGUUGUGGGGGUGCUUUGCUGCAGGAGGGACUGGUGUUCUUCACAAAAUAGAUGGCAUCACGAGGGAGGACAAUUAUGUGGAUAUAUUGAAGCAACAUCUCAAGACAUCAGUCAGGAAGUUAAAGCUUGGUCGCAAAUGGGUCUUCCAAAUGAACAAUGACCCCAAGCAUACUUCCAAAGUUGUGGCGAAAUGGCUUAAGGACAACAAAGUCAAGGUAUUGGAGUGGCCAUCACAAAGCCCUGACCUCAAUCCCAUGGAAGAUUUGUGGGCAGAACUGAAAAAGCGUGUGCGAGCAAGGAGGCCUACAAACCUGACACAGUUAUACCAGCUCUGUCAAGAGGAAUGGGCCAAAAUUCACCCAACUUAUUGUGAGAAGCUUGUGGAAGGCUACCCGAAAUGUUUGACCCAAGUUAAACAAUUUAAAGGCAAUGCUACCAAAUACUAAUUGAGUGAAUGUAAACUCCUGACCCACUGGGAACGUGAUGAAAGAAAUGAAAGCGGAGAUAAAUCAUUCUCUCUACUAUUAUGACAUUUCUCAUUCUAGUAAUAAAGUGGUGAUCCUAACUGACCUGAGACAGGGAAUUUUUACUAGGAUUAAAUGUCAGGAAUUGUGAAAACCUGAGUUUAAAUGUAUUUGGCUUAGGUGUAUGUAAACUUCCGACUUCAACUGUAUAUGUCAAGGUUAGGAUCAAUACCAUUUCAAUUCCAGUCAUUUCAGAAAGUGAACAAAUCCCAAAUUUCCCUCAUUGAAAAGUAUUGGAAGAGAAUUGGAAUUGAAAUAUCAGUGUACUUAAUCGACGUGGACAUUGAUUAAGGCAGCACCCUGCACCUCUGAUUCAGAGGGGUUUGAUGAAAUAAAUCCAGGAGACACAUUUCAGUUGAAUGCAUUGUGUUGUGCAACUGACUAGGUAUCUCGUUUCCCUUCCUGAAUUGAAAGGGAAUUGACCCUGAAGCUUUAUAUAUGUUUAUGAAUGCGUUUUACAUUUGCUAUGUAUGUUUUGUCUCCUUGAAUAUCGGCUGCAUUGAGAAAUUAAAUGAUUGAAAUGUG